CCCGAGCUUUUCUUGACUCACACUGCCCGUUUAGGAGAGAGCCGUACUCCUCUGUUUCGUCCAUCGCCACUAACCAAAUCAUGGCGGCUGCGAGCUUCAAGUCCCUGUCGUUGGACGUGCACUCAAGUGGCGUGGCUCAUCUCAGGCUGAGUAGACCGCAUGCGUCCAACGCCAUGGAUUUAGACAUGUUUAGAGAGCUCCCGAUUGCAGUCGCAUCUGCAGACGACGAUCCUUCCGUGCGGGUCGUUAUCAUCUCUGGCCAGGGCAAGCACUUCUGCGCGGGAAUAGAUCUGCAGACGCUUUCAGACAUCGCGUCGGCUCCAGGGUCCCUUCCCAGCAAGGCGGAGUGCGAGGGCCGGAAGCGCGAGGCCUUCCGCCGGCAGAUCGUGGCCAUGCAGGAGUCGCUGUCCGCGCUCGAGCGCUGUCGUAAGCCCAUCAUCGCCGCCAUUCACGGCGCGUGUGUGGGCGGCGGGGUGGACCUGGCGACGGCGUGCGACGUGCGUUUCGCGAGCAGCGACGCGCGGUUCGCGGUGAAGGAGGUGGACCUGGCGAUCACGGCGGACCUGGGCACGCUGCAGCGCCUGCCGCGCCUCGUCGGCUACGGCAACGCCAUGCACCUUGCGCUCACGGCUCGACCCGUCGACGCGGACGAGGCGUUGCGGCUGGGGCUGGUGCAGGGCGUGUGGGCGACGCGCGAGGAGCUGAUGGCGCACGUGCAGGGCGUGGCGGAGGCGAUCGCGCGCAAGUCGCCGCUGGCCGUGGCGGGCACGAAGGCCGUGCUGCGGCACGCGCGCGACCACAGCGUGGCGGACGGGCUGCAGUUCGUGGCGACGUGGAAUGCCGCCAUGCUGCUCUCCGACGACCUCACCGCUGCUGUCGCCGCGCUGGCGACGCGCAAACAGGCGACCUUCUCGAGGCUGUAGACAUGGCUGCACCUGGCCGUAUUUGGAGGGGCGUUUCCUUGGAUGCUCCAAGUGCAGAGGGAAGGGCUGUACCCUAUUGACCAGGCCUGACUUGGUCGUGCAGAGUGGCCAAGCUGUCACGUGUACAUUGUAUAGAUGCUGAACACCAGGCACACGAGACGUGCUAUUAGGUUAGGUCACUAGAUAAGAGGGUGUUUGGAUUGCCGAGCAGCUGGUGCUGAAAAUGCGUUUUUUAUCCGUGGCACACGCAGGACAAGUUAGGGCAUAAUAGUAAAG